UCUCUCCAUCUCUGGGACUUGUGCUUAGCUCUGUCACGCCAUCGCCAACUGAAAUGGCGCAUCUACCUCCUAAUGGCUGAUCAUCUCCCCUGCCCUCUCUCUUUUUAAAAUCCACCAUUAAUCAUACUCUUUUAUAUUAAUCCUCCACACUCACACCAAACCGCCUUCUUUCUUCCCUUCUCUUUCCCCGUUGAGCCGAAGCACCCACCUCUCAAUUCUGCAACCGGCGCACGAACCCUCGAAGGAAAAAAUGGACAACAAAGAGCCGCUCCUCACGUUCGUGGCUCCGAGCCCAAGAGCCCGCCCGCCGCCGCCGCCCUGCCUCUGCCCUCUCCCGGAGAACGACGAGUUCUCCUUGCCCAUUCCCAUGACCCCUUCCGCGCUAAAGGACCGACUCAUUUUCGGCCCUUUCACGCCUUCCCCUAGGGCGUCUUCAUCCUUCGUCGACGCCCUCACUCUCUCCCCGAGCCCUCGUUACCCCGCCGCCGGUACAUCCGUCUUUUCUAACAACGACCGCAGCGGCGGCGGUGGGGGAGGCGGCGGGGGAGGGGUCGGAGGAGGAGGAGGAGGAGGAGGUUCAAUGGUUCCGGAUGCGCAGUCUUGGCUGAUUGAUCCCAAUUACAAGGUGCCCCACAAGAGCAAUCUACAUCGUUGCAAGACGGCUCCCGCCAUGGCGGCAAUCAACGAGAUUAGCCACCAUCCUGCCGAUCCCAGCCCUCAAUUGGGUCCCAGUUCCGUCGUGCGUCAGGGCUUUAUCCUCCUGGUAGUCUAUUUAACAUUCGGCGUUUUGAUUUAUUGGGUUUUCCGCAAGGAUUUCACCGUUAGCGAGACCCACCCUGUGGUCGAUGCUCUGUAUUUCUGCAUUGUCACGAUGUGUACGAUUGGGUAUGGCGAUAUCACCCCGAACAGUACCGCCACCAAAUUGUUCUCGGUUCUGUUUGUGCUUGUGGGGUUUGGAUUCAUCGACAUUUUGCUUUCUGGGAUGGUGAGCUAUGUGCUUGAUUUGCAAGAGACUUAUCUGUUGAGGAAUGCUCAGAGGGUUGGGGGAAGGGAAACUGCGGGUAGAUACAUUAUUGAUGUGAAGAAGGGGAGAAUGAGGAUACGAAUGAAGGUUGGGUUGGCUUUGGGCGUUGUGAUUAUCUGCAUUGGCAUUGGGGUUACUGUUAUGCAUUUCAUAGAGCGGCUUGGAUGGAUUGAUUCGUUGUACCUCUCGGUAAUGUCUGUCACCACAGUUGGAUAUGGAGACAGGGCUUUCAAGUCGAUGCAAGGUCGAAUCUUUGCCUCAAUUUGGUUGCUUGUGUCAACUUUGGCCGUGGCGAGGGCUUUCUUGUACUUGGCUGAGGCCCGAGUUGAUAAGAGGCAGAGGAGGAUGGCGAAAUGGGUUCUUGGUCAUGAUAUGACUGUCUCGGAGUUUCUGGCUGCUGAUAUUGAUCACAAUGGUUAUGUCAGCAAAUCAGAAUAUGUGAUAUACAAGCUGAAGGAGAUGGGGAAGGUAACAGAUAAAGAUGUUCUGCAGAUAUGCCAGAAUUUUGAUCGGAUAGACUCUGGGAACCUGGGGAAAAUUACCCUCAAUGAUCUGAUCACCGGUCAACCCUAAACAGCGCGAGGCAACCUACCCACGAUGCGAACGAAUAUCUGUCAACCCAUGGCACACAGGGAUCAGUCUCACAAAGAUCAUACAAUAGAGAACCAAGUUUUUGCUCUUGUCAACUUGCAUGGUCUCCUACAAGUGGUUUCUCCUUCUCCAACAGCAAGCGGGCAUUGGACGGCCAAAAAACUCCAUUCCACAACAGUCUAUUUUACCUCAUUUGCCGGACAGGAGAAAGCAAGCAAGUCAUGUUUUCAGUGAGAUGCAGCUAAUAGGCUGCCUGCCCAUGGCCCAAGAAAGGCAAGGAUUCUUCCCAAAUGCUUCAACUGAUGUGUAAAUGAACGCCAAUGUUUCUGGUUGGCUAUGUGCAGUUAGUUGUCAAGGUAGGAUACACAGAUACCUAAGACCAUUAGGUAUAUGAUAGGGUAGUUGUUCUGGAGGGCGGGAGUUUUGGUCAAUAUAUGCAAAAUAUUCUUUGGUUGGUUUCCCUUCUCUCAGGACCAUCAUCAAUCAAGCAAUGAUGGGAACUAACGUACCCAUGAAAUCGAUGCCCGAUACGUCUCUUACCUGAAGGACAUGCUCCCUGUCCGAUGAGACCCAGCACAUGAGUGACAUAACAACACCACGAGCAUUGAGGAAUGCGUUGGCCAAUUCAAAACUAACCAGUUUGUAGUACCUUGACCAUUGUCCGAAGGAGAAGCAAUAUAGUGACUCAUUAUAAUGGGGAUUGCUAUUCGUCGCUGAGAUUAAUUACUGGAUUGUAGUAAUUGUGACAAUCCAGUGCAAAUUUGGUAUGAAAAAUAAUUGGGUUAAUUGCAUGGUUGGUCACUGAGAUUACAAA